AUGUCUGCCGCCACAGCUGUGCGUACCGCCAGUCGAGUCGCUCUUAUAACUGGAGCCGGACGAGGAAUCGGUCGUGCCAUCGCUCUUCGCCUAGCAGAUGAUGGUCUUAACGUCGCCCUGAACGACCUACCGUCUCUCUCCUCUGAACUAAACCAAGUCAAAGCCGACGUCGAAUCUCGAGGUGUCAAAUGCACGCUCGCCACCGCUGAUGUUUCGCAACAAAAGGAAGUCUACGAAAUGGUUGAAAGAACCGUUGCACAUCUGGGACAGCUGGAUGUUAUGGUUGCGAAUGCGGGAAUAGCGAGAAUUGGUCCAUUGCUUCAAACCAGUAUGAAGGAGUUUGAUGCAGUCAUGAAUGUUAAUGUGAAGGGGGUGUUUUUGUGUUAUCAAGAGGCUGCGAAACAGAUGAUCAAGCAAGGUACAGGAGGCAAAAUUAUUGGGGCAGCCAGCAUCGUUGCCUAUCGACCGUUUCCACUUCUUAGUCCUUACUCCGCAUCUAAAUGGGCGGUACGCGGUCUCACUCAAGGUGCCGCCAUGGAAUGGGCAAAAUACGGCAUCACCGUCAAUUCUUACUGCCCAGGAAUUGUUGAUACGGCCAUGUGGGAAAAGGUUGAUAGAGAGCUUGCUCCAGAGCUUGGUAUGAAACAAGGUGAGGUCAUCAAAAAGUACGUUCAUGAUCUGACCGCUCUUGGGAGAACCAGCCAGCCUGAAGAUGUGGCAAAAUUUGUAAGCUAUCUCGCGAGCAUCGAUUCAGACUUCAUGACUGGACAGAGCGUCAUAAUCGAUGGUGGUAUCCAGUUUUCUUAAUCGACUGAUAUGAUCUUUGAUCAUCCUGAUUAGAAGACUUGAAACCUUCCAUCAUAUCGACUUUAAUUCAUCUGACUUAUGAUACAAAGGUUAAAUUUCGGAAUCGUUAUUUAAGACUCUCGCUGUCAACGUUCGUUCAGUUUUCGCCACAGUCAGUAACAAUUUUAAACUGUAUUCAAGCAGAUAGAACAAUGUAUAACAAGAACGCAAUUGAUAAAAUACCCACGAUACAGUUCAAAUGAUGAACCAUCCGUGAUCGAUGUUAUUUCAUCAUCCUUUGAUGCAGAAUAACUGUAGCCAAUGAUGAAAGUUAUGCCAGUUCCAUGAUUUUAGCAGCCUCAUUUUGUUUAUUUAUUUAUUAAAAUAAAAUAAUGUAGACGUUUUGAAUCUACCAAUUUAUUAUCGGCAUAAAUUCAGACUACAAAUUAAUGUGAAGACGAAAAUACAAACUUCUACUUUGCUUUACAAUGUAUGUAUAUGUGACAGGGAAUGUAUACAUUCCAGAGCUCCGUAUGGACUGGACUGAACUGGGUCCAUAGUCCAGUCUAGUCCAGUCUGCAUGGACUAGACUGACGAGGGAACAUAUCCAACUGUCAAAUCGCUUUUCCAACGAAAUGCGGUAGCUUAUAGGUAAUCGAUCAUGCUGAUUCCGAAUAUGAUAGCCGUUUUGGCUAAUAGACCUUUCCUAAUCGGUUUCUGGAAAACCAGUUU